AACUGUGAGGACUGGUUGCCUGUUGCCAGGAUACCCUUCGCCACGGCGACGGUCCGCACUCUGCGGUAGGAGCAUGGAGGAGGCACCGUCGACUGGCGGCGGCCGCUGAGCGAUGAAUCGCGGAUGCGUUGAGGAGCGUGCGAAGUCGUGUGCGUGUGAGCGAGCGAGUGUGCGCGGUGAGACGCGGGGUGAAAGCAGAAUGAACGGGGGAGCGUGAUCGAGGCACGCUGCCAUCGCCGGGGACCGCCAGCCAUGCAGCUCCACCCGACGGCGCCGUGCAAGGCGUCGGCAUUUAUCCUCAACGAGACAUGCGUCCUCCCUCCGAAGAUGGAAGCCUUCCGUGAACAGAGCAUCUGUCAGGCACGGGCUGCUGUCAUGGUGUAUGACGACGGCAACAAGAAAUGGGUCCCAGCUGGGGGCUCUGCGGGCUUCAGCCGGGUCCACAUCUACCAUCACACGGGGAACAACGCCUUCAGGGUGGUGGGUCGGAAGAUCCAGGACCAUCAGUUCUCCGCACAACCUCGGCCCAGAGGGAGGGUGCUCAUCCACUGGUCCCCGUGCAACGUUAUUGGCUGGGUCGGUGCCUCUGUCGGUUCCGCGGGGCGACACCUCGCGUCCAGGCUCGCCGAUCGUGUCGUCAUGCCCGCUCCGCGGGUUAGCCGCUUUCCUCCUCAGAGGAUCAGCCGAGCGGACAUCAUUCUGAGGAGCCCCACGUUGCCAAGACCGACUACUCAGGUACAGAAUGGGCCGUCGCCAGAGGAGCUGGAAAUGCAGAGGAGACAGCUGCAGGAGCUGCAGCGGCAGAAGGAGGUGGAACGGGAGCGACUGGAGCGCGAGAUGCUGGAGCGGGAACGACUGGAGCGGGAUCGCUUUGAGAGGGAGCGCCUGGAACGGGAGCGGCUUGAGAGGGAGCGCCUGGAACGGGAGCGGCUGGAGAGGGAGCGCCUGGAACGGGAGCGGCUGGAGAGGGAGCGCCUGGAGCGAGAGAUCGCUGAGCGGGAGCGCCUGGAACGGGAACGCCUAGAGCAGGAACAGCUGGAGCGGGAGCAGUUGGAGCGGGAGCUGUUGGAGCGAGAGAGGGUGGAGAGGGAGAAGCUGGAGCGUGAGCAGCCGGAUCAGCUUGACCGGGAGCAGAUGGACUGGGAGAGGGGGAGGCGCAUGUCGAAUGCUGCGUUUGAAAGCACCCUCUAUACCCCCUCGCCCACGGACUGCCCGCUGGCCGGCUCCUCCCCCAUUUCCCCCUCCAGUUUCCUGCCCCCGACGUCAUCCCCCUCCUCGGCGGCCCCGCCGACCCCGCCCCUCCGCAACUCCGCCUCCCGCUUCGCCACCUCCCUGGGCUCCGCCUUCCACCCGGUGCUGCCCCACUAUGCCACCGUGCCCCGGCCCUUAAAUAAGCACCCGCCUGCUCAAGCGCCGGCCCCGCCCCCACCUCCUCCGGCCCCACCCUCUAAGUCGGCAGUCUGGUCGGCGUCUAACUUCAGUCCGCUGCCUCCGUCGCCGCCGGUGAUGAUCAGCAGCCCACCGGGGAAGGCAACUGGUCCUCGUCCCGUCAUCGCCAUUCCUGCCCCCAGCCCGCUGUCCCAGAAACCCCCCUCUCCUUCAGCUGUCGCCCCCAAUGGUACUUCAGACUCCCCCCGAGUUUUGUCCCCAGCUUCUGGCCCCCCCCCCCUGCCCCCCCCCCCCCCGCCGUUGCCUGCCUCGUUGUACUCGUCCUGCCAGGCGUCUCCUAUGUCCCCCGUGUCCCCCCCCUUGUCCCAGCCUGCUGUUCUCCCCUCUCCUUCCACAGCUUCCCCUGCCUCUGCUGAACACUCUCUAAACUCUCUGCUGGGGGAGUCCAGCUCCUGUGUCCCGGAGCCCGAGGCGUCUCAGCCCGCCGACCCCCCCGCCCAGCCGGAUGCAGCACUGGGGCUUCCUACUCCCCCUCCCCCACCUCCGCUCCCCCCCGGCUCCACUGUGACCCCUCCUGCCGGGCCCCCUCCUCCUCCCGGUCCUCCUCCGCCUCCCCCGCUGCCUCCCAGUCUGACCCCUACGGGCCCCCCUCCACCUCCAGGGCCGCCACCACCUCCUCCAGGACAGGCGCUUCCCCCCACUCCGCCCCCGCCUCCAGCCCCCCCUCUGCCCUCGGGACUCUUUUCCCCAACCACCACCCCAGAUGAGAACCGGCCCCUCGCUGGCUUGGCAGCGGCCCUUGCUGGAGCCAAGCUGCGGAAGGUGCCUAGGGCUGAUGAUGCACCGAGUGCUGCGGCCGGGGGGCCCAAGGCCGAUGCGUCUCGCGGAAAUGGACCCCUCCCUGUCACUGGUGGGGGUCUCAUGGAGGAAAUGAGUGCACUGCUGGCCAGGAGGCGGAGAAUUGCGGAGAAGGGCUCGUCCCCGGAGCCAGAGCAGCGGGACAAAGCCGAUGAGUCGGAGUCCUCCACUCCAAAAGUCUCUGCAUGUAGCACACCAGAUAUGCCCCGGAAGCCGUGGGAACGGACAAACACUAUGAAUGGUAGCAAAUCGCCGGUCAUUGGCAGGCCGAAGUCCACACCUACGCCAACUGGUUCCCUAAGUGCCAACGGGGUCCCAAGUGACAGUCUGGACUAUGACAGACUGAAACAGGAUAUUUUAGAAGAAAUGAGAAAGGAAUUGACAAAACUGAAAGAAGAGCUAAUUGAUGCCAUCCGGGAGGAACUGGCCAAGUCAAAUACAGCGUAGGAGGAUGUCCUUGCACAUUGACCUUUCACCCCUGACCCCCUCAAGGUCGACUUCAGUUAUGACAAUAUUUGAAAAAUGAAAAAGGAAAAAAUAAAAAAAUCAAAGAUGGUGAUAACAAUAAUCCUAUUAAUGAAGAAGAUACGUUUGCUAGUGAACGAAAGGAGCCAGAAAAACUAGUCUGAGGAAUGGAUGGCAGUUGUGGCAUCAGAUAGCGAGUAGUCUCUCCUCUUCUGCAGCCUGGUGGCUCUGCCGUUCCAGGGGACUCUUCCAGAGGGCAGGACACAGUCUUAAAGGGAGGGGACUGUAAUUAUGCAAAGGGUGACUUUCUUUGUCAAUGACAAGAAAAUAAGGAUUACAUAAUCAAAUAACAAAAUAUAUACUGUAUUUAAUCAUCACAGUGUGAUAAGCAGACCAUCUUCAUGCUAGGAGUCUGGACGUUUCGCACAUACUUGUGAACUUCUGGUGAAAGGCACGUUUAGAGGGUUAGAGCGGAUGAACGGGGGAGGUGGAAGGGGGGUAGAGCUCAAAUUUCUUCUGAGCCGUUGAGGAAGACUCUCUGGAUGAAGGACAAAUGGACUGGGUAUGGUCUACUGCUGCAGGACUCUGUAAAGCUUGUCUUCCUGAAAUACCCUCUUACCUAAAUAUGUACAUUUACAAAAAAAAAAAAAACCACUGCAAGUUGUUUCUCCUUGUCUGUUCUAAUGUUACCCACGGCCAUAUCAGGUAGCUCAAUGGAAUCAUCUUUGGAUCAGCCAGUCUCUCAUUAUUUUUGGCUUAGUCUUUUUUUUUUUUUUUUUUAAAAAAAAAAAAAAAAAAAAAUAGGGAAAAGCCCCCUUUGGUAAUUCCCGGAAAUGGAUGCUCACAUAAAUCCACAGGAACUGUGUAUUUUUUAUUUUUAUUUUUUUUUCCCUUUUGCGUGUUCAUGUUGCUGCAGGAGUGUCGAGCAUAAUUGCUUUCCUGCCGUACGUCUUUUUGACAUUUUUACCAAAUCUCACUCUUCGGUCUUUCAAGGUGUCAGUCAGCAUCUGCAUACAGCCAGACUGGAUCUGUAGACAGUGCUCCAGAACUGCCGUUCACUUCCUGAUUGAUUUCGAUGAUCUUAUUUCUGUCACACUUGCCGCAUGUCCAGUUUCUGUGAGGUGAAGUUCACAUGGUUGCCACGAAAACCUACUUGCUGUUGUCGUCAGCUUAUGAGCAAUAAGUGUCACAUCUGUCUUUUGGUUGCCUUUUGUUCAUAGGCUUUCUUAGUCCACUCCAUCACCUCCACCCCCCAAGUUCCAUGGAGCCAAGAUUGACUAGAUCUUUUCCCAGUGUCUGGUACAAUUUGUAGACUCCCAAUGGCUUCAUAGACAGUGGUGUCGUAAGGGAAGGUGAGGCAGGAAGAUGCAUAUAAAGUGGAUAUUCUGCAUUCAUAGCCAUAUUUAAAUGUGGUCUUGUAACAGGUCUGUAAUCCUGUGGUGACGUUUGUUGGUUUGGGACUUCAGAAGGCUGUGUUUGAGUGCUUUUGCUGCCUAUGUCUGGGCUAAGAGCCCCACCCAGUCAUGGACAGACCAUUGAUUUCACUCUGGAGAACCUGGUCACCUCUGCAUUCAUCCCCUUGAGGAGCUGCUAGUUUUCCCCAUAUCUCUGUUACAUGAAACUGCAGUUACUUGACUGCAGCUUGUGCCAUCAACAAAAUAUUCUCACUUUUGUAAUCACUGUUGGCAUUGAUGUAUACAGUGUUUUUGUUUCCCUCUUGCUUUCACUUUCACUUUUUAAAUUCUCCGGGAGGAAAACAUUUGAUUUUGAAUGAGAUUUUUGGUAUAAAACUUGUAACAAUAGUUUUUGGGGAUUUUUUUUUUUCUUUAGGAACUUAAUUGCUUGCUUAAACAGAGUCUGCUUUAGAACAUGAAGAUGCCUGGUGUUGGGGGGGGGGGGGGUCAUACAUUGUUAAUUUUAACCAUAGUUAUGUUUUUGUAAAGGAAUUCAGAUUCAUCAGGGAGUUGGUCCCUUCUAUUCAUUGCCAUAACUAAUGGCCUUAUCCCUCUCAAUCGGUCUCAUUACCCCCCUACAAAGCAAAUUAAUAUUUUGUAUAUUUUUGAAGUCUUUGCUCAUAUCUCCAUUGAAAGCAAAGGAGUUGUGGUUGAGUUUUCACUUUUUUUAACCCAGUAUUUGUCUGGAUCAAAGCGUCUGUUUACAGCAUUGAUUGCACUUCAAUAAAAUAAAAAUUAAAAAAAUAAAAUAAAGCCCAUACAGAUUCAUAGUAUACUGCUUGCAAGAAAUGGCUUUUGCACAGCGGCAGGGCAAGCUCACCAAAGUUCUUCACUAUUUUACCCAAAAUGAUGCCAUUUCCAUUUAAGCUUUCUGUGUCUGAUGUCCAGAGGAAGAAAGUGAUUUCAAGUCCUGUUAUUUGGAAAGUAGAGUAUUUCAAUCAAGGUAAAAAUGCAUCUGUACAUGGAUAAAUCUGUUUGUGAUCUUUAUGGUUUGUGCCUUGUUCUGAAGUUGCAUUUAAUAUGUUGAUUAAAAUGACUAGUAACUCUAGAAGUUGUCAUAACCUCAUACAUAUGUUUUUUUUCAUUCUACAGUUAUUUUAAGAGAUUUGAGAUUAUUUAGACGCGGUUACGCAACAUUGUCCUCUUCACGGCGUCUGUAAUGGCGUUGCGAUGUUAGCUACUCAUUUGGGGGGAGUCUAAAAUCAUCUGUGGUGGAAUGUCAAAAUCAUAAUGCUGGUUGUGAAUUUCUCUCCAUGUUCUCGGACUUUCAGACUUGUUAAUGGGGCUCAAAUGCUUGGCUUUUAGUGCUGGAGAAAUUCAACUGAAUGUUUCUGAGACUCGUUAUUAAUCAGUUAUCUUAUCGUUCACCUUGUACCAUACCGUUCUCAUUAAUUAGAAUUUUCUUACAUGCUAACAUUGUUUUGUUUGAGCGAAUGAAAUAAAAUUGCAAUAUAUAACCACA